GACCCAUUAACACGGGAACCGAUGUCAGAGCAGUGUCGCUUUAUAUAUUUUUAGCUGGUAGGCGGGAGCGGGGUUUUCGUUGAGUGAAGCGGUGAGCGGUACGUCAAACGCCGUACGCGGAGCAUUCGGCAGGCUCGCCGCGCGGUCGGGUCAUGCACAUGAGAAAAUGACAACUCGAGGGAUUAGACGGAAGAAAUCAUCGCUGUCCGAAGUGAAAGUGGCAGUGGUCGGUGCACCAUCGGUCGGCAAAAGCGCACUCACGGUUCGAUUUCUUACAAAAAGAUACAUCGGAGAGUACGAUCAUCAACAGGAAAGCAAAUACAAACACGAGGCGCUCUUAGAUGGGGAGCCAAUACUUUUCGAAAUUUUAGAUACCUGUCCAAAGAGUUUGGACGAUCUCCCGGGGAAUGAAAUAGCACAAUGGGCCGAUGGCCUGUUCCUAGUUUAUUCAAUAACUGAUAGAGAUUCAUUUAACUAUGUACGGAGAGCGAAGCAGAGUUUGCAACCCGAAGUGCCGCUAACCCUCGUCGGUAACAAGGCAGAUAUGGUGCAUUUGAGACAGGUGAGCCCUGAAGAAGGGGAAAUAUUAGCUAAGGAUUUUGAAUGCAGCUUCGCAGAAGUUGCAGCCGCGGAACAGGUGAAUCAAGUAGGCGAGGUGUUCCACGACCUUUGCCGAGAAGUACUCACACAUAGAAGAAGAGCGAAACAUAGUCUUCUAGAUAGGAUGCUGGGCUCGAAGACGGCGUACAGAGUCUACUCUCGGGGAAAAAGUGACAGCGCUUUACCAAAAGACUAAAAUAAUUAGUUUCAGCAUUUAGUUAUACUGUUAACCUAUUUAUAUUUCCGUCGAUUAAAAAUGAUUAUUUGUAAGCCUUAUAAGCAUUAUUUUACUAAAGAAAAAUAUCCUUAUGAAGUACGUCAAAUAGGUAAAUGAUAAUAUUUUUUUUGUGUUAACUAAAUAAAUACAUUUAUAUGUAUAUACUUAUUUUAUGGCAUAGGUUGACGGACGAGCAUAUGGGCCUGAUGGGCUGAUGGUAAGUGGUCCCCACCGCACAUAGACAAUGGCGCUGUAAGAAACAUUAACUGUUCCUUACAUCGCCAGUGCGCCACCAACCUUGGGUACUAAGAUGUUAUGUCCCUUGUGCCUAUAGUUACACUGACUCACCGUUUUACUCAAUUGUUUCACUUCAUCGGUUUGAAGUCAUUGCUCAAACUUUUUUACGUAAUAUUUAGGAAAAAUAUACCUAAUAUAACAUUUACGAAACUCAAAAUACUCGUACCUUCAUAAACUAAGUAUAUUAAAGACAAAAUCUUGUGUAUAUUAAAAAUUGAAAUAUAAUUUGUA